UCUCUAUAGAAUUUUGUGACCUCAUUUAUCACAGUUUCAUCAAACAAAUCAUCACCAGAAGCUGCACUAAAGGGCGGAGAGAAAAAAAAGAACGGUUGCACCAGCCUUUCCUGUUUCCUGUGCAAGAGGGUGGAUUAUUUACCCGGUAGCGUGCUUUCUUUUUCCUAUAGUAGCUGUUCAACUGUCGGCACGUGCUGAGGCCAGUUUUUGGCCGGGAUUUAACUCAUCCAGCUACAAAACCCAUCAUUCUUUGGAUCCUCCCUAAACACUAUUCACCUCCUUCAUGAGCUCCCAUCCACCUGUGAGUCAGUCCGGCAUGCUGCCUCUCGUGAUGUUGGGCCUCCUCCUGCUCUCAUUGUUAUCUUGUGGGGCUGACCUCACCUGCCCCCCGACGACUAUCCUGACCUUGGAUGCUCCUGUGAUCAUAGAAAAUGGAACACAACUUUAUGCAAGCUGCAACACCACAGAAGCAGAUUUCGAGGAGUUGAGCCUAUGUCUUGGGAACGUAUGCUGUGAAAAUACGCAAAAGGAUGGCGUUGUCUACUGUGUUGCAAAAGUGUCAGACUUUGAAAUGAGGGCAGAGUGCAAAAUGAAGCUAAAUGACACCUAUGAAUGCAGUGAAGGCCGUGAAAUCACAGUGUACAAGAACCCAAAGGUUAUGCUCUCUGUGAGGAACGGAAAUGCAACGCAGGCAGACUACGAACUGCACUGUGACGUCUUUGAUGUUGCCCCUGCUCAAAACAUCUCUGUCACGUGGUACCGAAAUAAUAAAACCUUUGAGUCCUUUAUGAAUUCGACUGAAGAGCCAGAAAAAACUUCUUACGUACUGGGUGUCAACAUCAGCAGGGAAGAGAAAUUUGCUGAGUUUAGAUGUGAAGUUCAACUGAAAUUUGAGGAACUAAAACCACAACAUCCUGUUAUUUCUACAACACAUCAUCUCUCAGCACGCUAUGCUCCUGAGCUCAGGACAAAUUCUUCUAGCAAGACCAUCACUGUGGCCAUGGGUGGCAAUGCAACCUUGCUCUGUGACAUAGAGGGGAACCCGCCUCCUGUGUAUCAGUGGACCGUUGAUGAACAGCCUAUGUUGGAAACCACAAACAGGCUUCACAUUACCCAGGUCAACAGAAGUUCAAUUUACAGAUGCACAGCUACCAAUAUUCUGGGAAAUACAGCUAUGCGUAUUGUUGUUGACGUGGAAGAAAAUGACACAACAACAGACCCUCCAGCCAUGCCAACACCCGAGGAGCCUGAAAAUUGCGGCUUAACUGUGACGCCCGCCGAAGUUUAUGUGAAAUAUGGAGAUUCAGCUUCGAUUAAUUGCAGCACAACCAUCAAAGAUGCUGCUAUAAUGAGCUGGGAGUUUGCAGUUGGCGAGACUUCUGGUGCAUCUCCUCCUCAUGUCACCUGGAUGAUUGAGAAACUAGAAGAUUUCACCGUGGAACCUUUCUGCUUUGUCACUCUGGAUACAAAUGAACAGUGCAAAAUGAAACCAAACAUCACUCUUUAUAAGCUUCCAGAUUCUGUGGUGGUCUCUGCAGUGGGUAAUCGUCCAAUGAAAGAAGGCGAAGAGCAUCAGCUGCAGUGCCACAUUUACAAUGUGGCCCCUGCAAAAAAGCUCUCGGUGAAGUGGUAUAAAGACGAUGAAACUGUCCUCACUGAUGACCUACAAAGCUCUGACGUGACGCCACUCCCAAAAUGCCUUAACGACUCCACCGUGAGACUGUGCAAUGUAUCAUCUAUCUAUACCUUCACUGUCAAGAAAAGUGACAAUGGAUCACCUUUCAGAUGCGAGGCUGAGUUUCAGUUUGGUCCUGGGGGGCCACUGGUGCCCCCCUCCAUGGCCUCAGAACCUUACACUGCUGUUGUACACUAUAAGCCGACCAUCAAAAAUUGCCCUAGUUAUGCUGGUGUGGAAAAUAGCUUCCGCCUGAAUGAUUUGCCAUGUGAAACUGAUGGGAACCCUCCACCUGCUAUUGAGUGGUAUUACAAUGGUACACUGAUUGACUCAUUCAAGCUCCUUACCAGGGCUGAAUCUGGGAUCUACACCGCUACAGCGCAUAACUCAAUGGGACAGGUUAACAUUGAUGUUCACAUCACAGUUGAAUAUGCCCCUAGGUUUUCCUGUCAGAUGCUGUAUGAGGUUGAAGUAAAAGACAUGCUGAAACCUUUGUGUAAACCAGAAGGUUUACCUCUCCCUACCAUAACUUGGUUUAAAAACGGAAAAGAGCACUUUUCACAGCACUGGGAAAAACACGAGAGUGGAAACUAUUCAGUGAAAGCAUCCAACAAACAUGGAACAGCUGAGCACACGUUUUAUCUGGACAUUUUAUACCCCCCAGAGUUCACACAGCCAGAUACAACCACAGGAGUUGUUGUAGACGGAAAUGUGUCUUUAGUUUGGGAAGCUGACGGGAACCCCAAGCCCGAGAUCCAGUGUAACGACUCGUUAGCAGAGAAUGUACGGGCGUCCACUGUGGGGCGCCAGAGGAUCAUUACCGUCACAAGAGCCACGUCUACUAAUGCAGGCCGUUACAUCUGUGUUGCCACGAAUAAACUUGGGAAAGUGACAAGAGCAACCACUCUGGUGUUGCAAGAUAAAUCCACUGACCUCCUCCAGUAUUGGUGGGUUUUACUACUAGCCCUGACAGCCGUUGUAGUUUUGGUAUUUGUUUUUAUACUAAAGGGCCGCAAAAAACAUGGACGAUAUAAUUUCCCAUUGCAAGUCAGAUACACUGCAGAGAAUGGGACGACAUAAGCGAAUGGCGGAAGCUUGAAAUGAAGACAAUUAAGCAGCCUGUAAAUAAACGUUAUUACUGUUAAAAACAACGAUGUGUUAAGUGAUGUAUGCCUCAAAGAUAUGUUCGCCAAGAAAUUGAUCUCCCAAAUUUACGUGCUUCUUAUGUUAUUCUGUUGUAUUUCAGCUUUUAAAUAGACUUUUAACUCUUUCAUUUCACUGCAUUUGUAUUUUUUCCCCUGUCAUUGUUGGUUUUUGAAUAUGUUAAAAUAUGAGACUUUUAUCAGAGUACAUCUUUCAAAAUACUGGAUUAAAAAAAUUGAGUAAUUUAUGCUACUUGUUUUAACUUGAAACACUGUAUCUCUUUCUGAACUGUUCUGUCUGACUUUAACUACUGGCUAUUAAAAAGAAACUUUCAGCAUGCUGAUAU